AUGCUGCUCCCGACGCUGGUGACGUGCCUCGCCGGGUGCGCCUUUCUCCUGUCGCCGGUCAGCGAGGGCUGUGGACCGGGUAGAGGCUAUGGCAAGAGGCGGUCACCGCGGAAGCUCGUGCCGCUCGCCUACAAGCAGUUCAGCCCCAACGUGGCCGAGAAGACGUUAGGGGCCAGCGGGAGGUACGAAGGGAAAAUAACCCGGAACUCUGAGCGCUUCAAGGAGCUCACCCCGAACUACAACCCCGACAUCAUCUUCAAGGAUGAGGAGAACACAGGUGCAGACCGCAUGAUGACACAGCGCUGCAAAGACAAGCUCAACUCUCUGGCCAUCUCGGUGAUGAACCUCUGGCCCGGGGUCCGGCUGCGGGUCACCGAGGGCUGGGACGAGGACGGCCACCACUCGGAGGAGUCGCUGCACUACGAGGGCCGGGCGGUGGACAUCACCACCUCCGACCGCGACAGGAACAAGUACGCCAUGCUGGCACGGCUGGCGGUGGAGGCGGGAUUCGACUGGGUCUACUACGAGUCCAAAGCCCACAUCCACUGCAGCGUCAAGUCAGAUCACUCAGUGGCGGCCAAGUCUGGAGGUUGUUUCCCCGGCGCGGCUCUGGUCACGUUGGAGAGCGGCGGUCAGAAGUCCAUCAGCGACCUGCGGCCCGGUGAUCGAGUCCUGGCCUCGACGGGCAGCGACGGCAGCGGGGAGCUGCUUUACAGCGAAGUCCUGACCUUCCUGGACCGUGACCCCGUGACCCCAAAACUCUUCUACACCCUGCAGACAGAAUCCGGGGCACAGCUCUCGCUCACCGCUGCCCACCUGGUGUUUGUAUCAGAGGGGAACUGCUCAGAGGGGGCGGUGCCGGCCCAUGGCGCCCUCAGGACUGUGUACGCCAGUGACGCCCGGCCGGGACAGUGUGUGCUGGUGUCGGAGGGUAAACCGGGACAGAGGCACAGAGAGGGGCGUCUGUCUCGGGUCACCCGGGUCAGCCUGAGGGAGAGGAGGGGGGCGUUUGCGCCGCUGACCCGGCAGGGCACGGUGGUGGUGGACGGGGUGGUGGCGUCCUGCUACGCCGUGGUGGACCAGCACUCCCUGGCUCACUGGGCCUUCUCCCCCCUCAGGCUGCUGCACAGCUGGACCGGGACCACCGGACCCCACACUGAUGGGAUCCACUGGUACUCGCAGCUCUUACACUGGCUGGGGGGGGUGCUGCUGGACUCAGGACGCCUCCAUCCACUGGGCGUGGCCCAGGACGACAGGUGAGGGAGGGGAACAGGUAAAAACGAACAGACAGGAACCUGAACCC